AUGGACCAUGUACUAGUUGAUUGUGGUCUCACAUUGACCAUGUACCGUUGGAUUGCUCGAUCAACCUACAGAUUGCGAGAGAAGAAAAAUCACCAAAUUGUUCCGUCACAGGUCAGAGGAGAAGCGAAACCUUAUACAAACGACAACACAAUAACAGGACCGGUUUUUGAACGCUCUGCCUGUAUCAAGCUUUUAUCAGUGCUGUAUAUUAUCGCGGCUGUACUGACUGUGAGUAGAGUUAAAAGCACCACAGCUUCUUUUGUUUCUUUCUCCCAGACUAACAUUGUUGUGAGGAAGAUCAACACGCUUCAGGUGAGAACCGGGGUUAGAGAGGUAUACGAAUGUGAGGUGAUUUUAAAAGAGAGAGGUUCAGUAAAGAAAGAAAAGCCGAUUCAAUUCUUUUAA